AUGCGGGUCUUCCUGCUCACGGCGGCGGUCCUGACACUGUUGUUGCUGAUCGACCACGAAGUCCACGGCAAUAGCUAUUAUCGCCGCAGACGUCGGCGCACCACCACCCGGCCGCCCAUCGACUGCCAGUGGUCGUCCUGGUCUCUGUACUCCUCCGACUGUGGAAACAGCUGUCAGGGGACGAGAAUCUACACCAGGUACCGGUGCAUUCCGGCGGAGAACGGCGGCCGAGAUUGUGAAGGGCCCAGCGAGAAGACCGAACCAUGCCCGGACUCGGGGUGCCAGAACGGGGGGCAGUGGGACGGCGCCUACUGUAACUGUCUGAGUGGCUACGCUGGGUCCUGUUGUCAAAGACGUGUGACGUGCCCUCCUCUGGACGCCCCCUCCAAUGGUCAUAUCGGCCCUCAUGGCAUGAGCCCUGGCGACGAGGUGCACUUCUCCUGUGACCCUGGCUACUCGUUGUUGGGUAGCAGCUCGGCGACGUGCCAGUCGGAUGGCAACUGGUCCAAUAACAGACCUAUCUGUCAGAGAAGCUCCUGCCCUGCUCUACCGGUGGUACAGCACGGUUCUAUGUACGGGUCCAUGACUAUCGGGUCCACCAUGACGUUCUCGUGUUUGGACGGCUACACUCUGAGCGGUCCCUCCUCCAUCACAUGUACCGGGGCUCCAAAUGGACAGGGUGUGUGGAGUGCGCAAUCUCCGACUUGUACAGUACAGCGGUAA